GAGUGAAACGCAGCGUUUCGACGUGGUACGAGCGCCAACCAAUGAAAACUCUCUACGUGGCACACGUUCAGUGCCGAAAUAUCAGUGAGCACCAAAAGUACCAGACAACUGAAUCUCUUCGAUCGUCUGUGACGCUAGCGCAUCGUCCACCGUACUCCCUCCUUUCUCCUUCAACCUCUGCGAUUCAGUUCUACUAUUGGAGGUCUACAGGUGUUCUUUUACUAGAUGGCGGCAAUACUGGCUUCACACAGCUGCUAUUGCCGCAAUGUGGAGUUGAUGAAUCAAGGAAGAGCAGUAGAGAAUCUCGGUUUCUCAAGCUCAAUUUCUUCUGAGAAUUUCUCAAAGUUCGAGAGGCCAACAUGUCAUCUGCCUAUGGCUGAUAAAUCCUUUAGAUUUCAAGUAGAGAUGCGAAAGAGUGAAUCGCCCGUGAACUUAGGUACAAAUGGACGAGCUACUAAAAUGGUUCCCACGAGUGAGAUAGUGAAAAACAGAACCCCGCCCACCAAAAAAGUAGAAAUAGUGAAUGGCUCAAGCCGGGUUGUUAAUGGAGCAAGCAUAGUGAAGAGAGAUACUGCAUCUGCCCUGGUUAAGGCACCAAAAAUUAAAGAAUCUAGAGAUCUCCCACCAGUGGAGGAGCUAAAGGUUCUGCCCUCUGAUGAAGGUUUCAGCUGGGCCAAUGAAAAUUAUAAUUCCUGGCAAAGGUCUAUAGAUGUUUGGUCCUUUGUUAUUUCUCUACGUCUUCGCAUUCUGUUGGACAAUGCAAAAUGGGCAUAUUUAGGAGGUUUUACAGAAGAUAAGCAGAAAAACAGAAGGCAUAAAACUGCCUCAUGGUUGCGGGAAUGUGUUCUGCAACUUGGUCCAACUUUUAUCAAACUUGGGCAGUUAUCUUCAACAAGGUCAGAUCUGUUUCCAAGAGAGUUUGUGGAUGAGCUUGCCAAGUUGCAGGAUAGGGUACCUGCUUUUUCAUCAAAAAAAGCAAGAGGCUUCAUUGAGAGUGAACUGGGAGCUUCAAUUAAAAUAUUGUUCAAGGAGUUUGAAGACCGGCCAAUUGCUGCAGCUAGUCUUGGUCAGGUGCAUCGGGCUGUCCUACAUAAUGGAGAGAAAGUUGUUGUGAAAGUUCAGAGGCCUGGUCUCAAGAAACUUUUUGACAUCGACUUACGAAAUUUAAAGCUAAUUGCAGAGUAUUUUCAGAGAAGUGAAACCUUUGGUGGUCCCACAAGAGAUUGGAUUGGUAUAUAUGAAGAAUGUGCUACGAUUUUGUAUCAAGAAAUUGAUUAUAUAAAUGAAGGGAAGAAUGCUGAUAGAUUCCGCCGGGAUUUUCGAAAUGUAAAGUGGGUUCGAGUACCUCUGGUGUUUUGGGAUUAUACUGCCACAAAGGUGUUGACCUUGGAGUAUGUUCCAGGCAUUAAGAUAAAUCGGCGGGAUAUGCUAGAUGCACGGGGUUUUAAUCGUUCUCGUAUUGCAUCACACGCUAUUGAAGCAUACUUAAUUCAGAUACUAAAAACGGGUUUCUUUCAUGCUGAUCCUCAUCCCGGAAACCUUGCCAUUGAUGUUGAUGAAGCAAUUAUCUACUAUGACUUUGGUAUGAUGGGAGAAAUCAAAUCUUUCACACGGGAGAGAUUGCUUGAACUUUUCUAUGCAAUUUAUGAAAAAGAUGCAAAAAAGGUUAUGCAAAGUCUUAUAGAUCUUGAAGCACUGCAACCCAUGGGAGACAUGUCACCGGUGAGGAGAUCAGUGCAAUUUUUCUUGGACAAUUUGUUAAGUCAGACACCAGAUCAGCAGCAGACUUUUGCUGCAAUUGGUGAGGAUUUGUUUGCUAUAGCCACAGAUCAGCCAUUCCGUUUUCCAUCUACCUUUACCUUUGUUCUGAGGGCAUUUUCAACACUGGAAGGAAUUGGCUACUCACUUGAUCCAGAUUUUUCCUUUGUGAAGAUUGCUGCACCUUAUGCACAGGAGCUUUUAGAUACACGACAGCAGCAGCGAAGUGGGCCACAACUUGUGCAGGAGAUAAGGAAACAAGCAGACGAUGCCAGAACCUACACCAUGUCUAUGCCAUACAGUGUACAGAGGAUAGAAGAAAUUGUGAAACAACUUGAAUCAGGAGACCUGAAACUUCGAGUUCGAGUACUUGAGUCUGAAAGAGCAGCCCGGAAGGCAACCAUACUACAGAUGGCUACCAUGUACACAGUUUUAGGAGGUACCCUGCUGAACCUUGGCGUCACAUUAGGCAAUCAAGGCAGUCAAGUUAUCGCAAAUGGAUCGUAUGUUGGUGCAGGCGUUUUCUUGAUAUUGUUUAUUAGGUCCAUGCAAAGGGUGAAAAAGCUAGAUAAAUUUGAGAAGAUGAUAUGAUUUUCAAUCCUGGAACUCAUGGACAGUCUGUCUUAGUUGUAAAAUAAUUUAACCUUCGAUUCUUGGUAAUAUAAUUGUCCCAAAAUUUUCAGACUUGCAUACAGGAGCUCUAUACACUACACGAAGGAAAUGAUUCAAGAUGAAAAAAAUCUAUGCAACUGAAAUCCAGAUCUGUAUGAUUCUAUACAGUGUAUAUCAUAAACAGAACUUGAGAUCAAUGGAAUAAAUGCGCAACUUUGUUUUCUUUUUUCA